UCAUCAGGUCAUGGCAGCGUCCUAUUCUUCUCUCUUCGCCUCCGGGCUCUUCGCUCCUCUUCCUCAAGACAAUGCUUCCCCUAUUGAUCCAACAGUCCCUCGACAAUUAUUGACUUCGCUCCAUUCGUCCUCUUCCUCUUCACUGACGACCAUCGGCGCAAACUCAAUAUCUGUACCCGCCAACGUCACGGCCGAUUUGCCCCUGCAUCAUGCUUCGAAUGCGAGCGUACGACCAAGCAUGCGCCGUCGGCGUUCUUCCGUUGCGACGUCCAUCACCGCAUUUUCGUCUAUGAAUAUCAAGAACUCGCGAGGCGGGCCAUCUAUGGGGAAUCAAUUGGGCCGAACGAGGAGUGGAAGCAUCAGCGGGCAUGUCGCUCGGCUUCGACGCGUCCCGCGGAGAGCGGCCCCGCCCCUCCUUGCGCCGCCCCCGAACGCACCACUUCCCGAGCUCCCGAUCCCUUCUCCCAUCAAGCCCAGCGGCUCAGAUACACCUUCCGCAUCUUCCGCCUCUGCCCCAGAACAGACGCAUUCUACUACACCUCUUCCAUUACUGGGUAUCACCACGACUAAUUACACGAACGUGGAGGUCCCAGCUAUGCCCAAAAGACCGUCGCCACGCCGCACGUACACGCUCGAUACUCUGCCUCCUCUCCCAUCUCCCUCAUUGCUCGAUCCCUCUUCUUCGUUUCUGUCCAUCUCUCCUGCGCAGUCACCGACAUCCGCCGCAUUCGCAUCCGGUGUAGGCUACGCUUUCCCGUCGAUGCUCGAUCCAGCUGCUUUUGAGCCUGCGAGAGUCGACAUGGAAUCGGGGAUGGACGUAGACUGCCCGAAACCGAGCGAUGGUGAACGGAUGGACUGAUAGGAUCAUGAUCAAUUGCACGUUAUGCGUGCGGUUUUGUCAUGCCUUGCGCUUUUGGACGCGAGGUGUGUGGUGACUCCUGGCCAUCCUCCGCUGUGCGGAGAAGACUAUACUUAAUCGUGGUUUUUGCAUUUGCCCGCUUUCAAGUCCUAUAUCAUUAUUUGAUAAUCAAGGGUGAUCAUUACGGACCUUCAUUCCGCCUCUUGCGCAUCAUGUAUGCUCUAGUCAACCCUACUCGCUACGUUAACUACUAGUCUAGUGCUCCUAUUCUAGAUCUCCUAAUCAUAGUGCUUCCCGCCGAUGUAUUUCUAUACUGUCUUGAGCAUGAUAUUCUUCAUGACUUAAACACUCCCCAGAAUACACAAAUUUUCUGAAGG